CGAGAAAAACAGAGCCUAUUGUGAAAAAAAAAAGCGUCUAUAAAACGGUGGAGAAAUUAUUUUGUGCGGCGAGAAAUAAUUCUUAACCAUCAUAACUUGAGCCAUUCGACCAGAUAACAUCUGGAAUAAAGUGUUGAAGAGCCACGCGAUUACAUUAUUUUAUCCCAAUUCAAGUUAGCCAGGCGCUAAAACCGGAAGUUAGCCGACUCCAUCCGCGAUCCAGGUAUUUUCAAAAAGCACUAUUUGCCUGAGAUGUGGGGGAGAAGGAAUAUAAAGUUACAUAACAUGGAAAUACUAACGCAAAUGUAUGAACCCAGAUGUAUUAUAAUCACAUUACUAUAUCUGUUGGUUCCAAUACUACAUCACAACUAUAGUGCAAACCUUUUGAAAAAUACAGGCUGUAGCUAAUAUAAGUUCAUACUAAUGUUAAUACUAAUAUUACAUCACAACUAUAGAGCUAACCUUUUGAAAAAUACAGGCUGUAGCUAAUAUAAGUUCAUACUAAUGUUAAUACUAAUAUUACAUCAAAAUUAUAGAGCUAACCUAAAAUACAGGCUGUAAUAUCAGUUAAUAUUUAAAGCCCGCGUGUUAACAGUGCAAACAUAUUCAGUAGGAUUACUCUCUUGGCAGGAAAAUGUUGAGACAAUUUCAAAAGCAAUAAGCCUGUUUGAGAAUGUAACAUGAUCACUGGCUCAACUGACUUCCAAUAGAACCUGUUUUAUUGUGAAAGUACCAGUCACCUGCGGGUUUGUGCGCGAGGCUUGCUGAACAACUACAUGGGAGAAAAACAUGUGGGUGAUGAAAUGUCGAUGACGUGCUGAUGCAACAAAAUCGUCAAUACGGCUUUCAGUUUCUCUGGGUCGUUUCCCCGGGACGAGAAUUUCCACCCUGCUCUCACUUCCGGUCCGCAGAUGGGUGUCUUCGAUUCGCUGACCGCGAGCAGCCGGAGUGCUAUAUUUUUUAACCCUGCGUGAUGAGGUAAUGUCCCGAUCCAUCUCCGUGAAUUAAACUAACCUAUUCGUCGGAAUUGCCUCCAGGAGAUGCCCCACCUCCCUCCACCUCCCUCACACUCAGCAGGGGAGGAGACAUCCAAACGUUGGACAUGAUGUCACUCCAUAAAAGCAAGGCAAGGUUUCACUGAGGAGUCAGAAUUGAAGCUCCUCAAAGAGGAUCACAUUGGCUGAGACAUGCAAAGCCCUCCGAAGCCCCAGUUUGCCAGCUGGCUCAUAGAGCAGGUGGAGACGGGCCAGUACACCGGCCUGCGCUAUGUGGACCAAAACAAGUUCAGAGUCCCCUGGAAGCACAACUCAAGAAAGGACUGCAACGAUGAGGACAGUAAAAUAUUCCGGGCGUGGGCAGUCGCGAGUGGUAAAAUCAGCGAGUUUCCCACCGACAAGGCCAGAUGGAAAACCAACUUCCGGUGCGCUCUCAACAACCUCUCCGUGCGCUUCAAGAUGGUCCAGGAUAACUCCAGGAAUUCAGACGACCCUCAUAAAAUCUACGAGAUCAUCAACACCGGCCACAACUAUGAAAGUGUUCCGAUACAAGAUUCCCAGGAGGAUUCUGACAUGACUCAAGAUAUCUACUGCUCUCCUACAGAGUGCAUCCCCUCGGGAGCUGAGCAUAAUCUGCUCAACAAUUUCAUGGCCUUGGAUCUUGGGAACCACCCGAUAGUAGAGGAGCAACCUUGGGCAGAUAGCUAUGUUCAGUGCAAUCAAGAUGUCCUGGGGAGCUAUCCUGUAGGAGCUGAGAUCCACCAGCAGCUGAUACCAACACAGCCGACUUACUAUGAGGCAAAUCUUCCACCAGUCCUCAGUUCACCUCUGCAGGCAAUGGACCUGGAGAUCUCCAUCCACUACAGGAAGAGGGAGAUGCUGAAGGUCACGUACCACACCGCUCGUCUGCAGCUCCACUACCUCCAUGAGGCUCUUGAGCUGGAGGCCCAUCACAUCUGCUUCCCCUCCACCGAGAGUCUGCUGGACCACAAACAGAUUGAUUUCACCAACCGCAUCCUGAACAGCAUCCAGAAGGGUCUUCUCCUGGAGGUGCGGGAGACCGGCAUCUACGCCUGCAGGCAGGACAGGUGCCAUGUGUUCGCCAGCACCAGUGACCCCAGUGUGGCUCACCCAGACCCAAGAAAGCUUCCCCAGAACACCAUGGUGGAGCUCCUCAACUUUGAGAAGUAUGUGAAUGAACUGAAACAGUUCAAAGACAACAACGGCAGCUCUCCUAGAUACACCAUCAACAUGUGCUUCGGGGAGAAGUUUCCUGAUGGGAAAGCUUUGGAGAAAAAGCUCAUCGUAGUCAAGGUGAUCCCACUGAUCUGUCGACAGUUCCACGAGAUGGCCCAAAUGGAGGGAGCUUCAUCGCUUCACAGCUCCAACGUCAGCCUGCAGAUGUCGCACAACAGCCUCUUUGAUCUCAUUAACUCGGUGUUGGGUCUGCCAACAGCGGACCUCGACCCGGCUCGGGCUGCUGCACCUUUCCUACCUCAGAGCUGAAAUUUGAUCUUGCACUUGCCCCUAAAUCCGACUAUUCAAACUACCUGCGAGGGCCACAUGAUACACCACAUCCUGCUCUUAGAUAAAGCUUUGCUAAAAAAAACACAACUGACUAAUGUACCUUCACCCUCCUGCUCUGCAUCGUCUCCGCUUCACUUUAUCAUCACACAAAUUACACACUGUAGACAAAAACUGACAUUUUUAUCACUACAUUCAAAGCCGACUCCUUCACUUGUGAACUGUUACAUUUCUGUAUUUACUUGCCGUAGCACAAACUUUUCUACAAGUACUGUAAAUGUUAAAAUUCUCUCUUAAUGAAGUGAUUUAAUUGACAUGUGUAACCAAAUGAUGCCUUACAUGAUGGUAAAUCCAUUCAACCAUGAAAAGCUUUUUGAUCAUAUAUUUAUGUAAAAUAGAGCUAAAGAUAAAGCUGACGACUGUAUGUGUUAAGUUUUUUUUUUUUAAACGUCAAACAGCUCAUGAAGGCAUCUACAUGUAUAUAAACUGCCAUGGUGAGUUGUUUUGGACUUCACUUAUGUUAACUUUUGUAAUAAUUUGCUGGUCAUCUUGCACUUUUCAUACUCAACCUAACUGGAUUCCGAAUAAAUCGUUCAGCCUUGAAUGAGUGCGUCAA